ACAGCAGCCGGGACACGCCCCCAUGGAGACUCUCCCUCGGGAUCCACCUCUGCCCGCUGCCCCGGGCCGCUUCCUCAAUGCCCAGCCAUCUCCCCCACCUCCAGACCUCCCUCAGAUCAGACACCAGCACAGGGCCCUUAUACAUGCUCCAUUCUGGGUUGGGUCUCGGUCUCCCGGGACUCCAGAUCUGGGCCUCCAUCCACGGGUUCCCGGCCGUCCUUUCAGUCUGUCCCUGGUGUGUACCCCUACUCCAGGGCCACAACGCAGCCCCGAGUCUGGGUCUCCAUCCCAGGCAUGGACUGGUUUCCCGUUUCCAGAUCCCACCAAGUGUUCCGCACCGGACCUGAGUUCCCGCCCCUCUAGGGUCACCCCGAACCCCACAACCUGUGCGCAUGCCGCGUCCUCCCGGCCGCCCCUCCAGAGCCUGCUCUACCGCCCUCAUCAGCUAAAGGGUGGGGGGAGGGUGUGCGUCGGCCCAGCCAAUGUCUGCGCAGCCAGGCGGGGCCGCACCAAUGAGAGGCCAGGGCCAUCCCCCUCCGGAACUACGCGACGGGACCUGACCGGCCGAGUGAGAAAACCGGGAGGGGCUUUGGCCGAGCAAGGAGGCCCCAUCACAAGUGAGGGCAUACACGCAGCAGAGCAUGGAGUGAGAUUACCAUCUGCCCAGGAAACCAUCACAUGACAAGACAGCCCAGAGGCGUAGGGAGAGAAGAGGCUUUGGAAG